AACAUGGCAAAGAAGAAGAGGUCAAAGGCAAUGGGCUUUGAAACCCUGACAAAAAAACAACAAAACAAACAGAGCAAAAAGGAGAAAUCGGAACAAAAAAUUGCAGAAAAUGAGCGUCUAAGACAGAGUAGUAGCAGAAGAUCAAGGCGAAAACAACCAAUAGAUACAACUCCUGUUGAUGAUUCCACCACAAAAGUCAUGCCACGACAACAGAUAAUUGAAAAGCCUAAGAAAUCUUCAAAUCAAAAACCACAGAAAGAAGAGGAAAACAAACCACAAAAUUAUCUGAUUGCAAUAAAAGAUGGUGUGAGAAUAAUGAUUGAUGAGCAGAAGCUAAUAUCCUCAGCGUACAAUGAAUUUAUAAAUAAGAAAUUUGCUGCUAGUCUGUCAUCUUUGAACAAUCUUCUGUUAUUAAAGCCUAAUGAAGCCAAAGUUGUACAUAACAAAGCUGUCCUUGAACUAUUCAUUUCAAAUCAUCGCAAUAUCGACAAAUAUCAGCAAGCACUGCAACAGAUAUGUUUUCAUAUGAACAUUAACACUCUCGAAUCAGAAGUUCCUGAUGAUCUGGAUCACUGUGUAUUAUACUACAAUCAAGCUGUGGUGUAUUUCUAUCAAAAAGAGUAUGACAUCGCACUUGGAAUCAUUACUAAAGUCUUUUCGCUUAUUCAGCCUAUGGACUCAGUAUUAGCCUUUAAAGUUUGUUUAUUAUUAUUGGAAUUAAAUCUAUAUUGUGCACAAAUUGAAAAGGCCCUAACCAAUUUAUCGUAUAUCGAAAACCAAUUUCUUUCGACUGGAUUUUCGGGAAAAUUGGUGAAACCCGAUACAGAUUUUACUUUUCAAAGUGCUGUAAUUUCAAUAGAAGAAUUCAAAUCGAGGCUGCUCAACUACAAGGCAAAAUGUUUGUUGGUUGAAAAAAACUAUGUAGAAUGUAACAAAGCUCUUGACAUUCUUUACGCAGGCAAUGCCCAAAAUUUCUUUACAAUAAUGACAAAGGCACAAGUACAUUUUUUAAAUUUGGAAUAUGAAGAUGCUUUGAAAACGAUCAUUGUAAUCCAAGAGGAUGUUGAUAAUUUCCAGAAACUUGGUAACUCUCGGACGUUAGUGUUUUAUAACAAUAUAGCUUCGAUAUAUCACUACUCGGGAAAACCUUACCUUUCUUGCUUUUUCAUGCAGAAGGCAUUUCGACUGUUUAAGACAACUAUUGAAGAAAAUCAGAAAUCAACUAAAAAAGAAAAAAUUGGACCAAGAGAUCUCUUCCAGCCAAAUGUUUUCCCAAAGAUAAUGUAUAAUAGCGGCCUGGCUUUACUUUUUGCAAAAAAGCCAAUCCAGGCUUUUGAUUGUUUAACAGAAGCGGUUCAAGUCAUGCAUAAAUCGCCUCUGGUUUGGUUGAGGUUGGCAGAGUGUUGUAUUUCACUUUAUAAAUCGGGCAAUGAGGACAUAUUUAAUUUCAUGGACAAAAGAAAAGAUAUUGUUGCUAGUAUAGCAACAGCAGGUGAUUUGAAGAGAAUUGUUCUUAAUUCAUCUCUUUAUAAAGAUUCUGCAUACAGUUCAGAGCCUCAGUCUUAUGCAGUUCCUUUACCAACAAUGGAAUUUGCCACCAUUUGUGCUAACAAUGCUUUUAUCUUGCUGUCAGAAUCAGACACUAAGCUAAAACAUGCUGUGCUUGCAGCCCUGUCGUACAUACAUUUAACAAUAGGUGAUCCUAUAAAGGCUCAUAAAUACUCAAUGAUGUUAUUUGAAGAUCAGACAAUAUCAGUAAUAUACAAAUAUUUGUCAAGAUUGUAUUUGUCUGAAGCCUUAGUUAUGUUGAACCGCCUUCCUGAAGCUAUUGAGAUACUGAAUCCUAAGAAUUAUAAAGAUUUAGAUCUUGCUCCUGAGGUAAACAAGUAUUCAUGGAUACCCAAGACACAAACUACUGCUCAGACUGUGCUUAUAUAUAAUUUAGCUGUGGUACUUGCAAUUCGUGGAGAUCUCAAAAAGUCAUCUGAAAUCCUUAAGCAUGUAUGGAUUAAUAAAGGACAAAAGGCUGAAAUUCCCAUCCAUGUUAUUGCACUUGCAUUAUAUAUAGAACUGGUCUUAGGUCAUAAUGGUGUUGCUCAAACGAUGAUUAAACAGAACUGUCCACAUGCCUUUUUAAUGAAGUAAAUUUAAAAAAAUCAAAUUACCUAGAUGGGAUUUAAAAUUGUGUUUUAUUAGGACUUUUUCUCACAACCAUGAAUUCUAUAUGUUUGUAUGAACAAGAAGGCUGAGAAGAGAUUAUUAUACUUUGAUUAUUGUAAUUUUUUUAAAAGGAUCCUGUAGUAUAAUGAUAUUAUUCAAAACAAUCAUUAAAAGCAUAAAUUCACAACAUAAAUCAAAAUCUAUGUUAAGCAAUAACUAACUGAAUCGUUUAAAUUUUAAUGUUAUGCUACAUGGUUCUAGAGUAACAGGACAAUGAGGUUUUUCAUAUUUUUGUGUAAAUAUUAAUUUUAUUUAAAUUGAAAAUUUUAAAAUCUUUCAUUUCUGUCAAUACCUAUAGUUUAAACUGUAAGUCAAAGAUUGAUAUUUUUUUAAUCAUUGUUUGAAAUUUCUAAUCAUGUUUUAAUUUAACAAAUGUAACUAUAUACUUUUGAAUGGUUAAUGUUUUUUCUUCACCCUUUGUCACACAUUCACCAUUUUACAGAUUCACCCUGCAGACCACACAGAGAAAAUCAAUAUUGGGGGAUAUUUGUAUUUUUAUUUAUUUAAAACUACUCUCAGAGUAUUUUUUUUAUUCAUAUGUUUCGACACCUCUGUAAGUGUCGUCCUCGUCUGCUUAAAAAUAGUUUUUUUUGUUUUCUUCCUUCUUUUGUUAACCUCUUUCCUAGUUUCUCAAAAACAGUUCAACCCAGUGUGCGCAAAUGAAAACUUAAAACAAGAAAGAUGAGAAUAUACACAUAUAUAAAGUU